AUGCCACGAUAUUCAGAGCCGACCAUGCUGCCUGUCGCGCUCGACAGCGGCAAGAUCUACCUGCAGACCGUUGUUCAGGAUCCCCCUUCGCUCGCUUCCUCAUCGACAUCCUGCCGUGGACUCGCUGUCCUUGCUCAUCCACUUGGCCGACUUGGAGGGUCACUCGAUGAUCCUGUCAUCACCUAUCUCGCUUCGAUGCUGCUGACGCAUGCGCAUCUGCGUGUCGUCCGCUUCAACUCUCGCGGUGUUGGCAAAUCCGAUGGCUCGGCGAGCUGGACAGGUAAAUCCGAAUGCAGCGACUUUCAGGAGAUCGUUGCCAAGUGCAUCGACAAUUUCUGUGUCGAUUUUCCAGAUAGCCUCGCCGCUCAGCUAGUCAUUGGCGGGUAUUCAGCCGGCGCGCUGUACGCAAGCACAGUCAAAGUACCUUCCGAAGUAUAUGACCUGAAACAGUUCCGAGCCGCUAAGCAGCCGAGAUACAUUUUGCUGAGCUUCCCAGCGGGUGUCACUUGGGCGUUGAGCUUCUUCACUACCAAGGCCUAUACCGAUACCCUCAAGAAGCUGCUCACCAGCAGCACUCUGCCUGGCGCAAGCACCGCUACUGCAGACGACGAAGGCGAGGCCAAGGCUGCAGUGAGAGCGGCCGAGUCAACACCCACUGUCCAUGGAGCUUCGCAGCCCGUGGCAAGCCAUAUACUAGCUGUCUACGGUGAUCAGGAUCAAUUCACCGGAAUUGCAACCUACGAUACUUGGACCAAAGAAUGCAGCUCCUUAGCUCCCUUUCCGCCGAGACCGAAGGGUGGAUCGUCAUUCCAUCAUGUGCUUGUACAAGGCGCCGACCACUUCUAUCGUUCCAGCCGGGCUUUGGACGCACUCGACAAGGCCAUUCUGGAAUGGUUUGAUGCUCUGACUACGUGA